AUGCAAGCCCUCAUUCCUUUCGAUAGAUCUGCAAAGCAAUUUACCAGCGAAUUUCCUUCCCAGUUUUCAAGCAUUCUCGCUCCAGAGACCUUCGACUCACACUUGGAACAAAUUAAUAAGUGUGCCAUAAAACAUGUUGGGCCAAUUACAAUUCAAACAAUAUCGGUUUCCACCCUCGUGACAAUUAAUUCUCUCGCUUUGAUGGCUGCUGUUAGUGGUUUUUCUACCUUGAAGAAGUAUGAUACUUCACAACCAAUUUUGGUCGGUUCUCUAUUGGCAAUAGGUAUUUCCUUGCUUUUAAUUGCUCACUCUAUUGCUCUCAUUUUAAUGUCAAUUAAAUAUAAACAAGAAUUGAGAAGUGUUUUACAGAGAUUAUCUCAAGAGUCUGAUGUUACUUAUGUAUUAGAGAAUUCAUGGUUUUCCCAAAAGAUUAGAAUGGAAGGAAAUCAAUAUUCAGCUCAUGAAGUUUAG